CUAUCACACCAUCACUACAAUAUGAUAAUCCACCAAGCCAGAACCAAGACCUCGUUCAAAAUGCAGUGACUUAUAAAUGUAGCACACGAUGCGCAUAUCCUUCACCCAAAUUCGCAUGGUAUUAUAAUAAGACAAGUGAAUCUCGCCAAGAAUGGUCAACAACAGCACCUGUAACCGAGAAAAAUGGUAGUUGUACUGAUUCUGAGAAAAUAUAUACAUCUACAUUAACUCUAUCAAGAUAUACAGUGUUUACUGACAAUACAGAUACCAGUGUGAAGUUUCAGUGUGGUGCCAUAUCAAAAACUGGGACAGAAGAUCAACUUUUUACACAAACGUCUGCUAAUGUUAGAUUUGCAGUAUUAGCUACCUCUCCUACAAUCACAGAUCUGACAACAGAGAAGUUAGAAGGAGAUCAAAUAAAAUAUCAAUGCACUUCCUCUCAAACACGACCUGUUGCUAUAGUAACAUGGAAGUUAGACACUCUAGCAAUGACUGAUGUACAGAAUACAGAACAUAGUCAUGAGAAUGAUCUUAAAUCUGUUACAAGUAUAGUAACAUUUACAGCAAAUAGAACUGAUAACAACAAAACAAUAUACUGUGAAACUGCAAUACCUGGUCAAAAUUUAGUGAAGGUUCAAGAAAAGAUAACUGUGUAUUGGCCACCAGUGUCACCUGUUAUACCAACACGCAGUUUUCCAUUUCUAGAAGGUCAGACAGGAAAGAGUAUAUAUUGUUCCUCGUCUGAUUAUGGAAAUCCUACAGCUACAGCAACAUGGACCACACAAUAUGGAACACCUGAUAGUGCUGAUACAAGAAAACUAAGGUUACCUAAACUAACACAUCAAGUUGAUAGAAGUCCAGUAAACUGUCAGCUAAAGAAUUUAUUUACACAAAGGAAAGGUCUUCAGAUUCAGUCCAAACAAGUGCUAUUACAAGUUGAAUAUUCUCCAAGAGUACAGGUUUUGGCCUAUGGGAAACAACUAACUACCAUAACGAUAAAUGAAGGUAAAACGCUGUCUGUUACAUGUAAUGCCACUGGAAAUCCAACACCAGCAGUAAUUUGGGUGGGACAACAGUCUAGUAGUCCUACUUUGUCAUUUGAUGAUAUAGAUAGAGCAGACCAUGGUAACUACACUUGUAGGGCUACAGCAACAUCAUCUCAUUAUCCCAGUCAUAACUUUGGUACAGAAGAAAUAUUGGCUAUCGUUGUUAACUAUGCACCAGAUGUCACUGUCAGUAGCUCAACUCCUACUGAAAACCACCCAUUCACAAUUAAAUGUAAACUCGAAGGGCGACCUGCAGAAUAUCAUUUUACCUCGUUUAUACAAAAAUGGGGAUCCGUUCGUAUUCCUAACACACAUAUAACAAACAGUGAUGUUAUAAAAAUAGAAAAUGUACAACUUCAAGACAGUGGUACAUAUGUAUGUAAAGCUAACAACGGUAUUCGAGAUAGGAACCAGCAGCUUGAUCAAAGUGGGAACAAUACUGUAGAUAUUAAGGUAUCACCUAAAGUACUUCUACAGACAACUGAGAGAAAAUUUGUCGGGCAGGUUGGACUAUCAACUAAUAUAACAGUUCCAUUUUACUGUAAUCCUCGUCCUCAAACUGUACGGUUCUUUCAAAAUGGAUCUGUUAUAAUAAACUCUAGCAAACAUACAGUUACGCUCCAGAAAGGACAUGUAAAAGAUAUAUUUUAUGGACAGGAAGUUGAGCUAGAUGGGUAUUUUGCUCAGCUUGAAAUAAAAAAUGUCGAAGAAUCGGAUUUUGUUAACUACACCUUGGUCAUUGAUAACGGGAUUGGAUCUUACAAAUCAUGGAUGAUUGACCACAUCUAUGAAAAUAAACCAGAUGUACCUAGAAAUUUUAUUCUUGCAAAACAAUUGAGUACAGAAAGUUCAUUUACCGUGACAUGGAAUCCUGGCAAUGACAAUGGCCACAAACAGACUUUUACAUUAAAGUAUAAAAAGGUAUCAGAUGAUGAAUGGGAUAAUGUGUCAGUAUCUGAUACAGGGGAAUAUGAAAUGACCUACAUUGCUACCGGAUUAUCAAGCGGGACAUACUACGAGAUUGUGUUGUAUGCUUCUAAUAUGCUGGGAAACUCGGAAGAAUCUGAAAUUAUACUUGCCAAAACAAAAGGAAAAGCAAAGAUACAAGAUUGCAACAACGGCGCCUGUAAUAAUGACAUAAAAGCAGUGAUUGUAGGCAUUGUUCUUGGAAUAAUCAUCGUGGUAGUCGUGGCAUAUGCUGGUUAUGUUACAAUAUUACUGAAACGAAAAGGUGAAAACACAGCGGGAAAUAACUCUGGACACCCCACUAAGCUGACUAAAAACAAUGUGCCUUUAUCUUCAAAUAUGGUGUUCUCAACAAAUGAUGGUGACGACCAACAGGGAACAGACCCAGAUGAACCCGGAGAGUCUCAAUAUACGUCACUGAAGACAGAACUUAAAGACGAUAGACAAACAUAUGACGUAUUAGGAGUGUAGUAUUAAAUAAUUGAAGACGACGUUCAGCUGAAAGACAUUUUACUUAUGAUAUUUAACUUAAAAUUUUCAAUACUUGUGAACGUAAAACAAAACUGAGAAAAAAUGAACAAGAAGAACGAAAGCAGCACCGAUCUUAAUUUGAGCAAAUGUUAGCUCUUAAGUUUAAAUAUGAACAUUGAUCUUAAUAUAUAUUCAUAAUUGAUGCAUUGAUAAACCAUGUACAUCAUCGAAAAUAUUUUGCAACUUUUUUGUGACAGUUAUAACCACAAAUGUGCAAUCAUUUGCGAAAGAUCAACAGUUUACAGAUAAUUCAUAACAGAUAAUGAUUUGGAAGGAAAUGUUUUUCGGGAAACAUGUCAUGUCUUUUUUGUGACAGUUACAAAGUUCCUGGAGUUUUCCUUAAGGUAUUGUACUGGAGAAGAUAAGUUAAGUAAUUGAUUUAUGAAAUAAACUGUUAACACAAAGGGUAAUAAAUGUUUGUGUUUUGAGUCAAAUAUACAUUUCUGUAAAUUGUCACAGAUAAACGGCCGAAAUAUAGAGUGUCUGCAAGACCUAUAGAGGACAUUGCAAUGCAAUAUAUUUUAUAAAAAAACAACUACUUUACAAUGUCAAGAUAUCUCAAGAGAGUGUCUUUAACUAUCCCGUUAUCAUUUAUCAUAUCCAUAAUAUGACUUGUUGGACAAAAGCAGUUACAUCAAAUUUACAUAAGAGGCUUCAAUUUUGUUCUGUCUAGAAAAACAUUAUUUUUCUUGGAUAAAAAUAUCAUUAAUAUCAUUUUUGAAGUUUGUAACCAUCAUGACCAUGAUCGACAACACACCUUAUCUGUAAGAAUGGAAUAUUGGAUAUUGAGAUUUUCAGUGUUCCAAAAAAAAAGUUUUUUUUAAAACAACGCAAACUCGUUUGACCACUGUGUAAUGUACGUUUUCCUCUGUUCCCUUUUAAAUAAGCCAAACUUAUGACUGCAAUAUUUAGGUUUGUUGUUUUAAUAUCAUUUACCAAUCAAGUUUUUUUUCAAUUUCUGAAUUUUAAUAUAGUAAAUAUGUAAUUAUU